UGGAAAUUUGUCCUCCACAAAUAAAUGAGUCAAAGGUAUCCAUUUGAGGAAUUUCCUGACAUACAAAGUUUUCUUUUUCAAAGAAUAAUGGCCACCCUAGAUGUAUGUUGUCUAAAGGAGAAGAAACUAAGAAAAACAAUCCGAUGUUUUAGAGAACAUCGAGUUCGAUCAAACCCAACCAUCCACACAACCAAGACCACGACAUUUUCAUCUCUUGGGUACAAAAUAAAAUGGAUUUGGUGGCUAAUCUUCUAGAAAGGCUGGCAUCUGCCGGCGAUUCUUUGAAUUUGCUUUAUUUAGUGGUCCAAAAUUGGAUCAUAUUUCAAAAAGACGAGUUUGACGUUUUCGACGAGGAGGGCGAUCCAUUCACCACACAGGUCUUCCUAAUCGAGAUAUCCACCGGGAAAUAUAUCCACAGAGCUCAAGGGCGGAAAAUCGAUUUCGGGACCACUUUAGAUCUGGAUAUUUUGUAUUCGAAAUUGUCUGAAUCUUUUGUUGAGUUCAAAGUGUGCCAAGGGUUUUCGCCGAAAUCUCAAAUCGGAAACGAGGCCAAUCUGUGCAUCCUAGAGUUUCCUUACAAGCGAAGAGUAGCUCUCAAUUGUCAGAGUGUAUUCAAGUCGAAUGAAGGGUCGAAUGAACAUGAACAUGGGGUAGAAUUGGACAAGGUCUGUUGCCUUCCUUGUCAAGAAGUCUGGAGUAAUGAGAGUUAUUGGGAUUCUCUGGCAAUGAAUUCGAGAAAAUUAAAGGCGGUAUUGGAGGAAGAGACCGAGCUUUUUCCACCUCUUGAAGAAGAAGAGCAUCGUACUGAAGAUCUAGUGUCCGAUUUUAAACCUAACCUGAAAUCUGAUGAUGAUCAAGUCAAUCGUCCGCUGCGUAUUCAACUUGCUAGACAAAUUUCAAGAAAAAGACCGGUCCACAACGAGGUUCCACCGGAAGAUGACCCAACCAAAAGGGUUUACUCGUGCAACCAUUGUGCGCAAACUUUUUCUUCCCCCGAUGCGUAUCAGAAGCAUCAACGAAAAAAGCGGAAAGUAGGCUGUAAAGAGUGUAAGAAAGACAUAUUUACCUUCAAACAACUUAUUGAACAUGCAUCCAAAGCACAUCCCAAGACAAUCGAAAAGUACCUGAAGUACGGGCAAAAUUCGGCCGAUUUGAAAUUGCUCAAAGUGCCUAAGAAAUGCUCAUUGUGCGAUCUAGUUCUCAACGGUAAUUUUUUGCUGUAUCGCCACAAAGAAAUCUACCACGAGUUGGGCGAUUUCAAAUGUGCCACUUGCCAGGAGCCUUGUUUGACCUAUUACGACCUUGUGAUCCACAAUUAUCAGGAGCACGACCAAUCUUUGAAGCACAUUCAGCCUCAAACCUAUGGAUUGGAGGCGGUGACCUUUCCGGACGGAAAAGUCGAGUACAAGCGAGUGAAUUUUGCCUGUGAACAUUGUGAUGCCACAUAUUGCAAUGAUAGUGGUUGGACCAUGCAUAUGAUAGCCAAUCAUUCGUGGGAUCUCUUUAAGUGUAAGCUCUGGGAAGAGACUUGUCAUUAUGCCCAUGAUUUUUCGACCCACGUGUUGAAUUUUCAUCCCUACAAUCCCGAAGUGAAAUGCCCCACUCCCUACUGCUUCCAUGUAUCAAAUCUCAAGGAGGAUCCCGACCAUUUCAAUUUGCAUUUCCAAGAGUGUCGAAGGCCCAGGUAUGAUUGUAAAAGUGCGCCUCAGCAAGGUAUGUUCCAAUGUGAUACUUGUGGCAAGAAGUACUCCUCCAAAGGAUCUUUUGAUGCCCAUAUCAAACAACACCAAGGGAUUGAACGUUACAAGUGCAUUCAUUGUGAUUACGGAACCAAUAUCAAAGUUGUCUUGAUUGACCACGAAAAUAAGCACCUUCGCGAGAAAGGCCUGACCAAUGCCGACACGAAUCUUGUUCUCUAUCACCAAUGCGAUCAAUGUGGAAAGGAAUUUGCACACAAGCACUCACUUCGAAACCACAUUAAAAGCACUCAUUUGAGCAUCCAGAAAAUUCGAGAAUGCAAAGAUUGUGGGCAGAGGUUUCGAUCCCAAUCCGUUUUGUACUUGCAUAAGCGAAGAGUCCAUGGAUUUGUCAAUACGAAGCCAAUAAGAGGGGGCAGAAGAGUCGCAAAAAAGGCUUCAAAAGAACUUGAUUUUGAGUGAUUGUCAAAAUCCAUGUUGUUUCAAGAUAAAUCGAUAUUAGAAGGUUGAUCCUAUAUCAUUCAUUAGAGCUCACUAACAAAGCAUAACAUUACUUGAAAGUGGAGCUUCUUGUCCAACUUAAAUUAAGACAGUUUUAGUUAGAUAAUACUAUAAUGGCUAACACAUUAUAACGCAGAUGCAUCUUUGUUCAGAUUGAAAUUUUUGCCAACAUGAGAAAUGACAUACACAUAAUUACGUUUUUAUCAAUUAGCAACAGGAAAACAGCAAGCUAAGGGCUCCAAUAUGUAGACAAACCUGAUAAGGUGCAAAUCCAAUUUAUUGAUUGCUGAUUAA